UCCCUGAAUCUUAACGGUACAGAUCGAAACACCGAAAAUGGGAACCGAAUAUACUCUGCUCUGAGUAACCCUCUCUCUCGAACACGAAUCCUUCAAAUCCAUCUCGGAUCGGCGGCUCUCUCUGUGUAAUAUCGAAAGCAUGGGCGGUGGCAAGAGAAGGCCAAGGAACAAAACAGACAACAGAAAGAGUAGCGGCGGCAGCAGCGGUGGAGGCGGCAAUCGGAGCAGAGGGAAAGCGUCCUCUAAUAGUAGCAGAAACUCUCUCUUCGUCGUGGGUGGCGUAUUGUCCGAUUGGGCCCCUACCCACUCUCCAGUGGGGAAUGCAGAUGGGGGUUUGAGAUCCGGAUCGAGAUCUGGGAAUGCGGAUAGGCCUAAAGCAGCUUCUCGUUCCAAAAGUGGAGCUCAAAAAUUCAAUGGAAAUAUAUUUGGAUACCAAUACCCUUCUGCUAACGAUCAGGAAGGUUUCCUUCCAGAAUCACUUGUCACAGAAAAUGGUGGAGAAAAAGAUUUAGAUGAGUCACGCCCCAUUGUUGUAGUUGAUUCUGAUGAGAACCAGAUUGUUGCUUAUUUGGACCAAACACCACAAUCAGAACCCCAAAAUGUGGAAUUUUCUUAUGAUUACGGUUCAACUUUUGUGCUUGGUGAAAGCUUGCCUCGGGGAUUGGGAUUCUCGGAUGAUUUUCAGACAACCCGAAGUGGUAUUGGAUCAAGCUCAAAGCUAAUGGAAGUGGAAGAUCAAGAAGGGUCAGGUUUCGAUUCAUUCGUGUCUGGUGAGAAAAUGGAUGAUGAUCAGACUAAUAUUGGGAAUGAGUUUGUUGAGACAGGUGCAGAAUUGCAGACUAAAGUGUUUUCUUCAAAGAAAAAUUCUGCCUUUGUGUCUAUUGGAGGCAUGAAAUUAUUCACCCAAGAUUUAUCGGAUGAGGACAGCGAUGAGGAUGAUGAUGGGGAGUCACUCGAUGAUGAAAAUUCGGAUACUUCUGAAUUGAAGGAUGCAGACAAAUUUUCUGAAAGUGAUGACUCUGUGGAUUUCUCAACUUGUGAUUCAGAUAUUGAUAGGGAGGUUGCAGAAGAUUACUUGGAAGGCAUUGGUGGGAGUGACAAUAUUUUAGAUUCCAAAUUUUUGGUUGGACAGGUGUUGGAUGAUAAUGAUUCUGAUGAUGAUUGUUCUUCUUCUAGCGGCUGCUUUGAUGAUACUGUGGAAAAGUUGGGCGGAAUUGCCCUUCAGGAUUUCUCCAGAGAGUAUGGUAUGAAGAAGCCUCGGUCAAAAAAGAAAUACCCUGUUGCUGCUAGAGAUUCCCAGUCUUCGGCUUUGGAUGACCUAGUACUUGUAAAGGAUCCAAGAACUGUUUAUGCUAAAAAGAAACAUGUUCCUCAAUUUCCUCGGUCUUGGCCUUUAGAGGCACAAAAGAGUAAGAGAUCACGGAACUUUCCAGUUGAGAGAAAGAAGCAUCGUAAGGAGAUGAUUGCUGUGAAACGUCGGGAGAGGAUGUUACUCCGUGGAGUUGAUCUAGAGAAGAUAAAUUUGAAAUUGGAACAGUUUGUUCUGGGUGGCGUGGAUUUGUUUUCUUUUCAACCAAUGCAUCCAAGAGAUUGUACGCAGGUACAACGGUUAGCAGCAAUUUAUCGCUUGAAGAGUGGUUGCCAGUCAUUUGGCAAGAAGAGAUUUGUGACAGUGAUGCGAACACAACAUACAUACUUGCCGUCAUCAAGUGAUAGGCAUCGCCUGGAAAAGCUGAUAGGAGCUGAGGAUGCUGAUUUUACUGUCAAUGAACUCCCGAAUGUAAAACCAGUAGGUUCAGGCAAAAGCAAAUCAAAAACAAGUGCAAAGGGGAGUGGUGGAAGCCUGCUAGCAUCUCACCAAUCUGCCAAAUCCAAGUCAUCAAAGAACUCAGCUAAUGGAAAAAAUCUGGUUGAAUCAAGUGAGAAGAGGCGGCUGGGGAAGAAGACUUCAUAUGCCAAUGAACCUGUGUCAUUUGUGUCAAGUGGCAUGGUACAAUCAGAAACUGUCGAGGCUUCAGAGGUGGAUUCUAAAGAGACAAAUGUUACCCCUGAAAAUAGGGAGACAGUUGCUUCAGGACGGAAGGUUGGUUCUUUUGAAGUACACACCAAGGGAUUUGGAUCGAGAAUGAUGGCGAAAAUGGGAUAUGUAGAAGGUGGAGGUCUAGGAAAGGAGGGUCAAGGUAUGGCAGCACCCAUUGAAGUGAUCAAACGACCUAAAUCACUUGGGUUAGGUGUUGAAUUCUCAAGCACUGAUGUUGAUUCUGAAAGGAGCAAACCUCCUAGCAAACCUCCUAGCAAACCUCCAAGCAAACAUCGGAGCAAACCACAAAGCAUACCUCAGAGUGUUGGGUCGUUUGAAAAGCAUACCAAGGGAUUUGGAUCUAAGAUGAUGGCAAAGAUGGGUUUUGUUGAGGGAAUGGGCUUGGGCAGAAAUUCCCAAGGCAUUGUCAACCCUUUACUCCCUACAAGGCUCCCAAAAUCUAGGGGAUUGGGUGCCUAAGACUAGAUAUCAUUUAUUUACUUAUUUUUCUUGUGAAAUAGAAGGGGUUAAAAUAUCUACCCUUAAAUAAGGAACAAACAUGUAGUUCCCUUGUUCAGCUUCCAUGUACAUGUGUUUCUCAUUUAUCUGCAAAACCCUAAUUUAUAGUUC